AUGAAUGUUUAGAAAAAUUUUUCUGAAAAUUUUAAUUUAGAGUUGGUAUUUCCUAAAGAAGUUCCAUAAGAGCUUUGUUCCUUUCAAUAUUAUUGUUUUGAAAAUCCAAAUAUUAGAAAGAUUUAGAUUCAAAUUAAUUUCACAAAGAAUCAAUAAAUAUUAUAUAUUGUUGAUGGAGAAAUUAUUAGAAUGUGUAAAUUUCUUUAAUUUUAGUGAAGCAAUCCAUGAUUUAUCUGUCAAACCAUAAAUAUUGACAAAUUUAGAAUAAAUCAGAUAUUUAAGUUGGAUUGGUUUAUAUGGGGAGAAUUAAAAAAAAGUUGGAAAAUGGUCUGCUUAUUGGAAUGGUAUUUUGAUGGUUGGGGUUGGUGGAGAAUACACCGAGGAAGGUAAAAAAAUUGGUUUGUGGAAAGAGAUUAUGGAUAAUUUUUAAGAGUAGUCAUAAAAACAAUUAUUAAUCUUAUUAGAAAUGCUUAAGUUUAUCAAAUAGGGGAAUAUUUUAAUGACAAGAAAAGAGGAUUAUGGAGAUAUAUCUAUAAUGAAAUUGAUAUGUAUCAAAAAAAUUAAAUAUUUGAUAGAGGGGGAGGGUAUUAUGAUUUAUAAGGAUUUAAACAUGGCUUAUGGAUAGAUUUGAGUGAUAAUUUUUGCAAGCAAUAAUUUAUAUAUAAAUUUUUCUAAUUUUAGGGAUAGUUAAGUAACCUAAAAAGGAGCAUAUCAGAAUGGUAAAAAGGUUGGAAAAUGGGGAAUCAGUUAUAUGAAGUAAUCAGUGUAAAUUAAGUAUUUGUAAUUAUUAGUGGUGGUGGAUAUUUUAAUCAUUAAGGUUAGAAAAAUGGUAAAUGGAUUGAUUUGUGUUAGUGGUUUUCUGUGU